AUGGCUGCGCCCGUGAUGGUGCCCCAUGUCGAGACUGACGAAGAGAUCGGUGCCCCAAAGAUGUUUGGCGAACGACGACGAUCUUCUGCUCUAGACAUGAGUCUGAUGACAGUCGAUCCUGCACUCGAGGAGGGGUAUGAAGUCGUCGAACAACAUGCCGGGGAGGUCAAUCUCAAAGCCUUCGAAGCCAAUCAAGCCAUCAAGAGAGUCAUCCACACAUCUCCAUCGGACGAGUCCCCUCGUAUGUGCAUUGUUGGCGUUGGCUACGUCGGCGAGAUCCUGCUCAAGGAGUUUGGUUCAGUCUUUCCGUCGAUCGGCUUCGACAUCUCGGACUCGAGGCUUGAAGAUAUCAAGCCGGACUUCGUGUCCCUGAAAAACGUCCGCCUCACUUCAGACCCAUCUAUUAUGAAAGAGGCGACACAUUUCUGCAUCUCCGUACCAACCCUUCUCCGGGACGACAAGUCAGUCAACACCGACCACUUGGUUCGUGCUAUCGCUAUGGUCACCGCCAACGCCCGCCCGGGGUCCACCAUUGUCAUUGAGUCCAGCGUCUCUGUCGGCAUGACCCGUGCGCUGUUGGGACCAUUUGCCAACAAGUUCCACUGUGGCAUGUCUCCAGAACGUGUGGAUCCUGGUCGCACCUUACCCGCCGCUCACGACAUACCUAAGAUCAUAUCGGCCCUAUCGGAGGCUGCCUUGCUCAGCAUGCAUAAGGUCUACUCGCAAACAUUCAAAACUGUGGUGCCCGUGUCGAAGCCAGAGGUGGCAGAAAUGACCAAGCUCUUCGAGAAUUGCUAUCGUAUGAUCAACAUUGCAUACGUCAAUGAAGUCGCCGACGCUUGCCACAAGCAAUCCAUCGAUGUCGAUGAAGUUGUGUCCGCAGCUAGUACCAAGCCAUUUGGGUUCCAGUCGUUCCAGCCUGGACUCGGUGUCGGUGGCCACUGCAUCCCCAUCAAUCCAUUCUACCUCAUGGCCAACAACGAUCUUCCCCUGUUACGCAGUGCAACCGAGGCAACUUGGACUCGACCUCAAUUGGCUGCCGCUGAGUUUAUGGCCAACUGCAAAGACCGUCUCGGGGGAAGGGCACCCCGUGUACUUGUAAUUGGCGUUGGCUUCAAGCCUGGUCAACGAGUGAUCGAUUGCUCUCCAGGUGUUGCCUUCGCCAAGGAACUACAGGACCGAGGAUGCCAGGAACUAGUCUUCUAUGACCCUCUUGUCGAGCAGAGUCAACUCCCCUGGAUCAGCAAACUUGACGAGGACGACUACAACUCUGAGAAUGUAGACAAAAGCUUUGAUGCGAUCGCAGUGUGCAUCAAGCAGGAGAAGGUGGACUGGUUGGUUCUGAAGAACCUAUUUAAUACAGCUGUGCAGUACUAUUAA